AUGGCCAUCAAGUAUGAAGAUGACGAUCGCAAAGCUGUACCGCAGACCAAUGUCGCUACAUCAUCUCCCCCGCCAGGUUACGACAAUGCGAGCGUUCAAGAAGACAAUGCUUAUGUCUAUGACGACUCCCAGAAGCUGGGUUACACAGCAACUGUCUUUGUCAUUCUCAAUAAAAUGAUCGGGACGGGCAUCUUUUCCACACCGUCCGGUAUCUUCGCUGUCAGUGGCUCCGUCGGCGUAUCUCUGUUCCUUUGGAUAAUUGGUGGUAUCUUGACUUUCUGCGGCUUGUCCGUCUUCCUGGAGUUCGGGCUUGCGAUACCUCGAAGCGGUGGUGAGAAGAAUUACCUCGAACGAGUAUAUCGCCAUCCAAAGUAUAUGGCCACCUGCGUUCUGGCAGCACAGAUGCUUCUGCUCGGCUUCUCCUCUGGAAACAGUCUAGCGUUUGGUCGCUACGUACUAUUCGCUUCCGGAUCUGAGGCACCAGAUGGCUGGGCCGCACGUGGCAUAGCAAUUGCAUGUGUUACUUUCUCUGUGGGAUUACAUGCUACAGCACCUAAAUGGGGCAUUCGACUUUUCAACGUCUUGGGGAUAUUCAAGGUGAUCCUCCUCCUCUUCAUCGUUUUUUCUGGCUUCGCUGCCCUUGCAGGUCAUUUGAAGGUCCCACAACCACACAACUUCGACAAUGCGUUUAGACUCGAAGUCGGCGAUGGAUACGGCGGUGGUGGCGCCUACGAAUACUGCCAAGCACUGCUCCGCAUCAUCUACUCCUACAAAGGCUGGGAAAAUGCGAAUUACGUCCUGGGCGAGAUUAGAAAUCCCAAGAAAACGCUAGCUUGGUCUGCUCCUCUUGCUAUCGGUGGAACCACAAUACUUUAUGUUCUCGCCAACGUAGCCUACUUCGCUGCUAUCCCCAAGUCAGACCUGGCAAAGAGUGAGGUUAUUGUUGCGGGCCUUUUCUUCCGUAAUGUCUUCGGUAACAGCGCUGGAGCACGCAGUCUUCCCGCCUUCGUCGCCCUUAGUAACUUGGGUAACGUACUCGCAGUCAGCUUCGCACACGCGCGGUUGAAUCAGGAGUUUGCCAAAGAAGGUCUGCUUCCAUGGAGCCGAUUCUGGGCAUCGAACAAGCCUUUCAACGCUCCCGCAACUGCGCUGUUCCUUCACUGGCUAAUAACAGUCGUUGUACUGGUAGCCCCGCCCGCUGGCCCUGCAUACAACUUCAUUACGGACUUGUACACCUACCCUGGCGCGUGGAUCAACGGGUUCGUCACGGCAGGGCUGAUUUACUUGCACUACUCGAAGCGCGAGCGCUGGGAGUCACCGUGGCAUACGUACCUUCCCGUUGCGAUUCUCUACCUCGCAGCGAAUAUCUUCCUUGCAUUAGUUCCUUUCAUUCCUCCGAGUGGUGACUGGAAUGGCGAAGGAUACCCGUACUACGUCUUUCCCAUCGUGGGUGUCGGUGUUUUACUACUCGGUGUUGUUUACUGGUUCUGCUGGACGAAGGUCUGGCCAAAGUUUGGAGGAUACAAGAUUAUGAGUGAGAGAUACGAGGAUCGGGAGGGCAAUGAGCACAUCAGAUACGUGAAGGUGUAUACAAAGCAUGAGUAAUGCUUUUGCGAUUUGGAGGAUCUUAUCAAGAUCAUAAUACGUGAGUAGAUCUUGACAAAUGUUACUUGAGAAGAGAUGGUUAUCAUCGUCACUAGUUUUCCUGUUCAAAUGGAGUGAGGAGUGAGAGUGUCGC